UUUUCCGUGCUCAGUUAAUCUGGCUGUCACUUGCUGUUAACGCUGCAGUUAAAGUGCUCAGAUUCCAGGGGAAACAGACAAACCUCGAAGAAGAAGAAGAAGGAAGCAAGCAAGCAAGGAAGGAAGGAACUGCUGGAGGAAAAGAAGAGGCAGAACAGCGAGAGGAAUAAAGGGAAGUGGGGGGAAAACACCAAAUCUAGAAAUCUAUGAUUGGACCUGAGCUUCUUUUUCGCCAAUGCAAAAAGGAAUAUGCAGCACAUUUUUGCCUUCUUCUGCACCGGUUUCCUAGGCACAGUAGUAGGUGCCAAUUUCCCCAACAAUAUCCAGAUCGGGGGAUUAUUUCCAAACCAGCAGUCACAGGAACAUGCUGCUUUUAGAUUUGCUUUGUCGCAACUCACAGAGCCCCCAAAGCUGCUUCCCCAGAUUGAUAUUGUGAACAUCAGCGACAGCUUUGAGAUGACCUAUAGAUGUUUGUCCGUCCUGCAGAAAGUCCUUGAUACAGCUGCUGAGAAGAAUUGGCAGGUGACAGCAGUCAACAUUUUAACAACUACAGAAGAAGGUUAUCGAAUGCUCUUUCAGGACCUGGAGAAGAAGAAGGAACGGCUAGUAGUGGUGGACUGUGAAUCGGAGCGCCUUAAUGCCAUCCUGGGUCAGAUUAUAAAGCUCGAGAAGAACGGCAUUGGCUACCACUAUAUCCUUGCAAAUCUGGGCUUCAUGGACAUUGAUCUAAACAAGUUCAAGGAGAGUGGAGCAAACGUGACAGGUUUCCAGUUAGUGAACUACACAGACACCAUCCCAGCUAAAAUCAUGCAACAGUGGAAGACCAGUGAUGCUCGAGAUCACACCCGAGUGGACUGGAAAAGACCGAAGUACACCUCUGCGCUCACCUAUGAUGGAGUGAAAGUGAUGGCUGAGGCUUUCCAGAGUCUGCGGAGGCAGAGGAUUGAUAUAUCCCGCCGGGGGAAUGCUGGGGACUGUCUGGCUAACCCAGCGGUGCCCUGGGGACAGGGAAUUGACAUCCAGAGAGCUCUGCAGCAGGUACGGUUUGAAGGCUUGACUGGAAAUGUGCAGUUUAAUGAAAAAGGACGCCGGACCAACUACACUCUCCAUGUGAUUGAAAUGAAGCAUGAUGGAAUCCGAAAGAUUGGUUACUGGAAUGAAGAUGAUAAAUUUGUCCCUGCAGCCACCGAUGCUCAAGCAGGGGGUGAUAAUUCAAGUGUUCAGAAUAGAACAUACAUCGUCACUACCAUCCUAGAAGACCCUUAUGUAAUGCUCAAAAAGAAUGCCAACCAGUUUGAGGGAAAUGAUCGCUACGAGGGCUACUGUGUGGAGCUGGCAGCAGAAAUUGCCAAGCACGUGGGCUAUUCCUACCGUCUGGAGAUCGUCAGCGAUGGAAAAUAUGGAGCUCGAGAUCCUGACACCAAGGCUUGGAAUGGCAUGGUGGGAGAGCUGGUCUAUGGAAGAGCAGAUGUGGCUGUGGCCCCCUUAACCAUCACCUUAGUCCGAGAAGAGGUCAUAGACUUCUCCAAGCCAUUUAUGAGUUUGGGAAUCUCCAUCAUGAUAAAAAAACCACAGAAGUCCAAGCCGGGGGUCUUCUCCUUCCUUGACCCUUUGGCUUAUGAGAUUUGGAUGUGCAUCGUUUUUGCCUACAUUGGAGUGAGUGUCGUCCUCUUUCUGGUCAGCCGCUUCAGCCCCUAUGAAUGGCACAGUGAAGAGUUUGAGGAAGGACGUGACCAGACAACCAGUGAUCAAUCCAAUGAGUUUGGGAUAUUCAACAGCUUGUGGUUCUCCCUGGGAGCCUUCAUGCAGCAAGGAUGUGACAUUUCCCCCAGGUCCCUGUCCGGCCGCAUCGUUGGUGGCGUCUGGUGGUUCUUCACCUUGAUUAUCAUCUCCUCAUACACAGCCAACCUGGCCGCCUUCCUGACAGUGGAGAGGAUGGUGUCACCCAUUGAGAGUGCAGAGGACCUAGCAAAGCAGACAGAAAUUGCUUACGGGACACUGGAAGCAGGAUCCACUAAGGAGUUCUUCAGGAGGUCUAAAAUAGCCGUGUUUGAGAAGAUGUGGACAUACAUGAAGUCAGCAGAACCAUCAGUUUUUGUGCGAACCACAGAGGAAGGGAUGAUCCGAGUAAGGAAAUCCAAGGGCAAGUAUGCCUACCUCCUGGAAUCUACCAUGAAUGAGUAUAUUGAGCAGCGGAAACCUUGUGACACCAUGAAGGUGGGAGGUAACUUGGAUUCCAAAGGCUAUGGCAUUGCAACACCCAAGGGGUCCGCCCUGAGAAAUCCAGUAAACCUGGCAGUGUUAAAACUGAACGAGCAGGGGCUUUUGGACAAAUUGAAAAACAAAUGGUGGUACGACAAGGGCGAGUGCGGCAGCGGGGGAGGUGAUUCCAAGGACAAGACAAGCGCUCUGAGCCUCAGUAAUGUGGCAGGGGUAUUCUACAUCCUGAUCGGAGGACUUGGACUAGCCAUGCUGGUUGCCUUAAUCGAGUUCUGCUACAAAUCCCGUAGUGAAUCCAAGCGGAUGAAGGGUUUCUGUUUGAUCCCACAGCAAUCCAUCAAUGAAGCCAUACGGACAUCGACACUCCCCAGGAACAGCGGGGCAGGAGCCAGCGGGAACGGAAGUGGCGAGAAUGGCCGGGUAGUCAGUCACGACUUCCCCAAGUCCAUGCAAUCAAUUCCCUGCAUGAGCCACAGUUCAGGGAUGCCCUUGGGAGCCACGGGAUUGUAACUGGAGC